AUGGUCUCUGCUCUCACCAUUCUCUUCCUCGAGCUCCCUGCGCCCGGACCCUCCAUCUCCGUCAGCCCCAGCGGGGUGAUCGCCCUGGGGGGAACCGUCACCCUCCGCUGUCAGUGUCGGUGCGGGGCCAGGAGAUUAUUUCUGUAUAAAGAUGGAAUCCAAUUCUGGGAGCUGGAUGCUGGGGACGGGGGUGAAUUCACCAUCCCCAGUGCCAGACGCGGAGACGGAGGGUUCUACAGUUGCCGAUCUCGCUCCAGAUUGGAACCGCCCAACUGGUCGGAUCCCCGUGAUUACCUGCGGAUCAUUGUGGCAGAGCUCAGCUCCCCCAAACCCUCCAUCUCCCUGCGCCCCCGUGGGGGAGUCGCCCUGGUGGGAACCGUGACCAUUCGGUGUAAGUGUCGAUGUCAGAAAGCGACGUUCCUCAUGUAUAAACUUGGAAACCCGGACGUACGGCGCUGGGCAGUGACUGCUGGGAACGUGGCUGAGUUUCCCAUCCGCAACGUGAGCCGGAGAGACACAGGGAGCUACAGCUGCCAAUAUGGCAUCAAAUCGGACCCGCCCGUCUGGUCGCAUCCCAGCGACCCCGUGGAGCUGAUGGUAGCAGAGCUCCCUUCGCCCGGACCCUCCAUCUCCGUCAGCCCCAGCGGGGUGAUCGCCCUGGGGAGAACCGUCACCCUCCGCUGUCAGUGUCGGUGCGAGGCCAGGAGGUUAUUUCUUUAUAAAGAUGAAAUCCAAAUCGGGGAGCUGGAUGCUGGGGACGGGGGUGAAUUCAUCAUCCCCAGUGCCAGACGCGGAGACGGAGGGUUCUACAGCUGCCGAUCUCGCUCCAGACCGGAGCCGCCCAACUGGUCAGAUCCCAGUGAUUACGUGCGGAUCGAUGUUGCAGAGCUCAGCUACCCCAAACCCUCCAUCUCCAUGCACCCCAGUGGGGGAGUCGCCCUGGGGGGAACCGUGACCAUCCAGUCCGACGCUCCUUUUAAUCCCACAGAGGGAACCGACCCAGCUGGGCCCCAGCAGCCGGAUCCCCCCACGACGGAGCCGGAGGGAGAAGAUUACACCCAGGGCAACAUCGUCCGGCUGGCCCUGGCCGCCGGGGUCCUCCUGGCCCUGGCGUUGAUCCUGGCUGAGGCUACCCACGGAUGGAGGAGGGGCAGAUGCUAG